CUGCACCGCUAAGUACAGUAGAAAUCAUCAGUUUCCAGUUCGGCUACUUGCCAGAAAGUCUUGACUUCUGUUACCAGCAACUCGCACUCAUUCCACGUCCAGCAUACCUACUAGCAAGCCGUUUAUGGUAGCCACCUUCCAUAAAGUUUUCUCGACCAUUUAGAUUUUCGAGUGGAGAAAAAAAAAUCAACUCACUUUAGUUACGGAAGAUCAAUUCACUUAAAAAAAAAACAACAUUGAUACGCAACACGGAAGCGGUUCAUACGGAAGUUGUACACACACAAAAAAAAACAUUUUUAUUAAUUAUAAAUCCGACGAUUAAUUUUUAUAUAAAGUUGUUACGAAUUCGAAAUUGGUUUAAUUGUGCGUUUAAUUAUAUCGAAAUUUAAUUAAAAAAAAAAAAAUUGUUCGAAAGAAGAACGUAUCAACGGCAAUGAAAAGUGUCAUUAUGAGUGUCUGGAUAUAGAUUGGGGUUUUUGUGCAUUACCGUUUUGAUAAACGACCUGAUAAACUUGCUGUGCUUGUAAUGUGAUAAACUUGUGUUUAUUGUACCAGAGAAGUAUAAUAAAAUUUAAAAAAAAAACACGAAGCAAUUUUAUUGUCACAAAAACUUACGCAUCUAUACAUGACUGUGUUCGGUAUAAAGCUAUUUUGUGUAUAAGAGCUGAUUCGAGAGAGACACACACGAAGGUGAAUAAUAAAUAUUCAGGCAUACAACAAAAGAGAAAUACAACCAGCAGUAUUCGUUUUAUGUAAUUUUGGUGGUACACUUCUUUUCUUCUCUUCUCGAACCCGUACGAGAGGCACGAACGCGAAAAAGGAAGUGCUAUACCUUUUUCACUUCACGACACAGACGAACGAAAGCCAAAUAAAAAAAAAAACUCAUCCAUAAUGUUCGCGGUGAUGCGAAUUGACAACGAUGAUUGUCGGUCAGACUUUCGUCGUAAAAUGCGACCAAAGUGCGAGUUCAUUUGUAAAUAUUGUCAGAGGCGAUUUACCAAACCAUAUAACCUGAUGAUACACGAACGCACCCACAAGAGUCCGGAGGUUACGUUUUCCUGUGAAGUUUGUGGCAAAUAUUUUAAGAGACAAGACAAUUUACGUCAACACAGGACAUCACACAUGGAUGCAUACCGAAGAUACUAAAAAAUACACGCACACACACACGCACUUAAGAAAGAAAUAUAUAAUGACAAAGGUCCGCUACGAUAUGUACAUAAUAAUAAAAUUCCUUAAAUUUAUUUUCAGAUAUUUUUUUUGUUUGUUUUUAAUUUAAUUAUUGUCUAUAAAUAAUUUAAAAGAAGAAGAAGAAACGAUAAAAGAUACAAGCGAAGUGUAAUGAGUUUUAAUUUAUAUAUUUUGUAAGCAUAAACGACGUGAUUAUGCCUCUAUACAGCACCUACGAUAUGUGUAUAAUGGCGAAACAAAAAAGCAGAGAAAAGAAUAAUAAUCAUCAACAUUUGCGCCGUUUUAUUACAUCGCAAUAUGUGACCAUUAAAAAAAGCUGUGCAUCUCAUCUUCUAUAAAGUAGGUUUACACCGUUUUUAAACAUUACACUUACGUAAAGGCACAUUAAAAUCACUUACUAAAGUUCGAAAACAUGUUAAUAAAACUUAUUAAAAUCAAAAUAUUAAUUUCAUUAAUUGUCAAUAUUGCCAUUCAACGAUUUACAAACAAAAAAAUAUUUAAUUUUAUUAUUGCCGUUGCGCUUGUACUUUAUACUUUAUUGAAUGGACACUGUUACAUGGAAAAUACCGGUUUCAUUUCAAUUUAAUUACAAAAAUAAUUAUUCCAUUAUUAUAUCAUGAUCGCUCGGUAUGCUAUGCAUCAUUGGAUAUCAAUUUUCCUUCUCUGUUUCUCGUGUGAUUCCCAUUUCCACCACGGCGAAUUAUAUACGAAAAAGAAAGACACGAAACACUGCUGUCUACCGACGACGACGCAACAAUAUUCAUACACACAAUGAUAUGAGUACAUUUUUGGAAAGAACAAUUAAGUUCAAACUUUUUGAUCUUUCGCUAAGAAGCUCAUUGAUCAAUUUCGUGGAAUGUAACACAAAAACUUGAAAAAAUGAUUUCAGUUGUUUUGUUUUAAAUUGACAUGUUUUCCUCGCAUUUUGUGCAAUUGUUCAAGCGCCACUCUUGCAUGCAUUGUCCUUAAUUUACCACAUUCGAAAUUUAGUGAAUCGAAUCGAAUUUUUAUGAAGACUGAGUAAUUUACUUUUUUGGCGACCGCGUUAACUAAUCAAUCAAUCAGGGCAACUACGGGGCCUAGCCCAUUUACCUACUAUCUGCUAUAUUGUCCUUGAAACCAAACUUGAAUACCAGUUUUGCAUAGUCUCACAGUGAUAGCGCAAAAGAUCUAAAUUUCUGAUGGAACUGCAACUCAUGAAGAUCUGGAGAUGGAUUACGGCAUCAGUUCUAUUUUCUCAAUUCUACCUGAUAGAGUACGAUUCACUCUUUUGCUGAAAGAUGUCGCUGCAAAAAAGCCAACGUCAGCAGAAAAAUAAUUAAUUUUUUACUCGACGGAUCUUAGUCAAACAAAAUGCCAUCGUAAAGCACAUGACCUCAGGAAUCAGUUUUCAAAUAUCGGCUUGGCGAUAAGAGACUUACAAAAGGAUAUGAUGAAACGGUAGCAAACGUUUUUCAAACUCUUUAAUAUAUCCAAGAGAAUAAAGGACUGAUUAAAAGACUGUUGCGGAGUCAUGGGGUCAUGUCCUAUAAUAUUACAGUUGACUAGAAUACGUCGAGUAAAAAAUUAAUUAUUUUUCUGCUGACGUUGGCUUUCAACGACAUCUUAAUAGUAAAAUAGUGAACCGUACCCUAUCAGGUGGAAUUGACAUAAAGUAGAGGAAAUGUAAUUAAUGACGUAAUCCCUCUGCCGUGGAGAUGGUUGUGAACGUUGUACAAGUUUCUCAAGACUGUAUUUCGUGAAGAGAUUAUUUCCGAAGUUGUGUUGUUUAUUGGUUACAUACAAAAAUUCAAAGCAAUUCCUCUCCUAGUAACGAAAAUCAUCCAGUGAAGAAGAAAAAUAAUCGAAUUUAUUGCCAUUACACUUCAAACGAAAUUAGACAAAAACAACAUUCAGUGAACCUCAAUUUAAAAUUUAAAGCUCUAAUCAAAUCAAAUUUUAGAUAAGAAAACGCAAAAUAUAAAAUAUUAAAUUUAGAUUUAUAACGAAAAAUGACGAAGAAGCAACUACUAUUAUACUUUAAUUAUGUUUUAUUUAAGCCGUGCUUAGAAUAGAUUCUAGUCUGCAGCUAUAUAUUUGGAUAAUAUAAUUUAAAAGCAAAAAAAUUAUCAAUCAAAAAUGAACAAAAAAAAAAUUAAUUAAACAAAGAAGAAGAAAAAAUGUUCCAAUUUAUUUAUCUCAUCAUCUUAAGUAUCAAAAAUAUAUUCCUCUUAGAAUUGUUAAACUAUUUGUCGCAAUUUAACUUUCCACAUUUUAUUUUCAUAUAAAUCAACCGCAUCUAACACAAAUUCUAAUAUUUUUCUUUGAUUUUCCGAUGUAUUGUCAAUCACAGUUGAAAGCA